CUUAUUUGUUCGUCUUGUUUUGUUUACAGGAAUGUUUGCUGGUAAAAGCGCCAGUGGCCGCAAUAAAGACACAAAAACAACAAAUUGUGGCACUGAAGUUGAUAACAAAAAUGAUGAAGACGAGGAAAAGUGUAGUACGGAUUCAACACGACAACAGCAAACAGCGGCUGCUGGUAAAGACGAGUCGUCGACACGCGUCUCACAAAACGAUCAAGACGAUAAUGAUGAGUCAAUAUCAUCGUCGAAUGGCGGUACUACUAUGACAACGUCAGCUAGACAAUCGUUGGCUUUUACAAUUGACAAUUUCAACGAUAAGGAAUGUGAUGCUGCCGUUCAGGCAGCCAAAUACAAAAGUAUGAUGGAACGUUUUCAAAAUCGUCAUCGUCGGGGUGCCUCCAUGUCCAAAUUGGAGAAUGAUGAGUCAGGUGGCAAAGCUCAGACACCUACACGCCUAACAAGUUCACAGUCGUCGACACCGUUAACAACAAACACCAGAUCGUCGGCGCGCAGCUCGAUGACAAGUGAAGAAAAUAAUGCAAAUUCAUUGGAUUCGGACGCAUCGGCAACACAAAAGGUUAAACUGCGUGUGCGUGAUCGCAGCACAUCGCGUGUACGUGAUGCCUCAAAGCGCCACAGCUGGUCGCCACGUUCAAGCACAAAUGAAAAUAGUCUCCAAACUCCUGCAUCAACGGCAAAUGCAACAGCAACAGUUACAUCAACCAACAAUCCAACAGCACUUCCACGAAAAACGACAACAAAAACUGCAAACAAACCGGCCCCAAUACAAGUUCCCAAAGGUGCUGCCAAUCUUGUAGCUAAUCGUACACAAUUUACACCAAGAUCUACUGCCAUGCAAUUGGCUCUGAAGCAAAUUGAUUAUAUGUGUCCACAACCGCCACUGGCCGAUUUCAAGCACUUAAAUGCUGAUGCCGAUGAUGUCAGUGAAGCCGGCACGUACACAUUGGAUGGUGAUAAUUAUACCGAGGAGCAAAAGGAUAUUAUGAAUAUAGAUAAAUAUGGCCAAAGCAUACUUCCAACAACAACAAUUAAAUGCCGUCCUAAAGAACUUGAUGCCAUUACACCUACACCAAAACAACGACAAAGCAUAGAAUCGAAAAGAUCCAAUAAUGUAUUGGAGGUUAACUAUUAUCAUGAUUCUGAAGGUCCCGAACAAACGACGAAGGCACGCACAAGUACUGCGCCAUCGGAUCUUAUAAUGGGAUCACAUCAAUCAGCCGGGGCCUACUUGGAAAAAAUCAAAUCGAGAGUGUUGCGCAACAUGAGUGCCACUAAACAAAUUUCGGACACCAAGCAGGAAAUUCUAAAACCAAAAUUGUCAAAUGAUGACGAUGACAGUGAACAUGAUACCGGUUGUUUUACAAGUGUAACCACUAGUGGUGUGCUGGCCAAGCAAAGAACCCUUGACGCCCAUCCAAAGCUGUCGCGACACAGCGGCUUGUCGACAUCGCAAAUUGACAGUUCUGAAUAUGUGAGUAAUGAGACCAAGCUGAAAACUUCUGGAACACCACCAUCAUUUGCCAGUGGUUAUACGGAUCAUCAAAAGGCUGAAUACCGUCUUAAUGUUUUUACCAACCAAAAGGAUGUUUCACAAAAGUUUGCUGCUACUAGAAAUCUAAUAGAGACGCCACCAGAGACUCCAACAGGUCCCCAACCCAGUUCUAAGUUAAGCGAGGUUGCUGUACUACAGACAGCUCAAACCAAACAUGAUUGGAUACAGGAAUGGGCUCGUAAUGCAAGAGCGAGAAGUUUGGCAAAUGACAGGCACAGUACUGGGGCGAGACAAUCCAACAAUGAUAUGUUGAUGACCCGAUCGUACACCUGUGCCGACACAGGCAACGAUUCCCUUACCGAUGAUAGUCUUUAUAGCGCAAAUUGUAAACAAUUGAAUGCGAAAUUGAAUCGAACAUUGGCUGAUCGUUAUCGUUUAUCCGGCGGCAAUGGUGAUUGUGAUUACGCCAGUGAUCCGUCGCUGGCAAGUUCUUGCACCAAGCCACCCAAAAGUCCCACAAAGAUUCCAUCGCCUCUACAUACAUUGGGUCGGGCCCGCAGCGCCAGUCGCACCAGAGCUUCUUUGCAGAAUGUUAUGCCACCAGAAGAGGAUGAUUAUUUGCAACAAACAGCUGCUGCCAUAAACAAUUUGCAGCAGAGUUUGUCGCGCAAGAAUUCACUCAAGUCGCCCUCACAUUCAGCUUCACCUCGUGCCCAUUCGGCACGUUCACAUAUCAUGUAUUCCCCUGAAGGUACCGGUGUCGAGUGCAGUCCUCAGCAUAGUCUCAAUUCACAGCGACAACAACGCCAAGCCACACAGAACUUGAUGACGAGCAGUAUUAACGAGCAGCAGUUGCAAUUGUUGACUAGUGGAGAAUAUCUGCUGCGUCAGAUGCGAAUGCGUAAGAACUCCUUUGAUGGCAACUUAAACGGUUCGCCUCAUCGAAGAGUAUUGCAAGCGGGUGUUCCACCACAAGUACAGUCGCCGACUACUCCCACUGCUCCAACUAACGAAGAAUCACCAUUGAGAAGAUCCAGUUCAUUCUCGGCUCGUGUGGCAGCCACUCAAAAAGCUGCCGGUCGUCCGAACUUUCAAAACUUGUACACUCCUCCAGCGGCUCGUCAUAGUUAUGGUCUUAGUCCAGCACCACCACAACAGACCUCCAUCCAGCCCGGAAAUUCUAUCAAGAAGUCGGCUAGUAGCAAUAAUUUCGGCCAAGCCUACAGUGACUAUGAUGACAACUUACAGUAUUACAUAAACGACGAAGAUGACCAGGAGGACAUGGGUGAGGAAUACUAUUCAAGUGGUGGCGAAGAGAACGUUGAACAGGAACCAGAGUAUUACGAGGACCCCGAACCCGAGAACAGUGUCCCUCUAUCGAAUACUAGAUACAAUAAAGCUCUGUUGAUGCGAAUUGAGCGUAGCAAACAGAAAGUCGCCGGUAAACCCCAAUCAGCACCGCCCACAAAGCCGUCAAUGUUAUUGGCCGGUGGUGGUGUUAUGGCAUGUCCAAAUACUCCCGAAUUGCCACGCAGAAAUGUUAAGAGUGCAACCACACGAUCCAGCAUGGCCUCACAACGUCAGUCCAUGCCACGAGAUACUAGUCUUAGUCGCCUAGCACAACAGGUGCCCAACUCAUUGGCUUCAGCCAAGAAACAACUAUUACAAACUGCUGCCAAUGUAUCAUCAUCCACUGCUAACGCGCCACGUUCCACAUCUAGUCAAAGGGCCACGCCACGCUAUUUAGAUAUUUCGAAAUACAAACCCGCCCAAAGUAAUCAGUUCUUACGUAAAAAUGAUGCCAAAAGUACUCUUAAGCCACAAACAAAUUCGAAUGAAAUUAUGAAACGCAGUCCCAGCAGUUCAUCGAUGGGUCUUUCACGCGCAGAUCCCUCGCGAACCAGCAACCGUUCCGUACGUUCGGCCAGUUCAGCAAUGACCAGUAGUGUAACCUCGUUGGGAGGUAGUAAUGCCAGAGCUUCAUCGGCAGUUAGAAGAGACGCCUCAGUAUCUAAACAAAAAGAAGCCGAAAUGGCAAUGUGGAAACGUAGAUCCAAAUAUGAUCCAAUGAAAGCUGCUGCCGAAGAUCGCCGUAAGAAAGAGGAAGCCAAACGUCUGGCUCAAGCACAACAAAUGGGUGUUGUCGGUAUGCCAACUGAGAGACAAUCGAGAUCUCUUUAUCGUCGAGGGCAAUUAUGACCAGAGGGGUUGCUUGUGACAGAUCUCUAAAAAGAUCACCUAAGAUCUAUAACGAAAUUAAGCACUAUCUUUGAGUAAAAUAACUAAAAAACAAAGAGUUGU